AUGCCCGUCGAAAGCAUCUUCUGCUUGCUUCUGCAGCAUCAGAGUCAAAUCAUCCCCUCCAGGCUGCUGACAAGAUGGGACGUCCCAGCUUUCAACCCACCGAAAGAAACAAAUCAGCCCCCAUCCACCGACGCAGUCAUUGCGGCUAGUAUAUGCACGCCAAGGCAAACGGGCAGAUGUUUCGUCAGCCACCAAACACGGCAGAAAGUACCAGCCAAACUUCUGCUGUCUGCGGCCUGCGGCCUGCGCUGA